UGACACUUUGGCAAUGUCUUACCGCGGGUUUAUGAGCCGUCAGGACUUCUACGACAUUAAAAAUGCAGCAGCAGAGUUUUACCGGCUGAACGGAGUGCCCCGGGAGAUAGAGAGAGCUCUGAACGAGCUGUUCACCGACAAGCCCGAGGACGUGCACGGUUACCUGGCAAAUUACUUCACAAACCUAUGUGCACCACCAAGGAUCAGCAGACUUAAAGGAAAGGAGGUUUAUGAUGCAAGAGGACAAUUAUCCAUUGAGGCAGAGGUCUUAUGCAUCGUCUGCAACAAGGAAAAGAGCAUGUCCUCAGCUGCCAUCUCCAGCCACUUCGGAUCUAAAGAGGCAUCAGUGGACUGGAAAGUGAAAAGUCAGGAGAGGGCUGAUCAUGUGAUGAUGGCUGCCCAGUGGCUCAAUGAGCCUCUGAAUAACAUGCUGAAGGGCCAAAACCCAUGUGACCAAUCAGCUGUCGACCAUAUACUCAGGUACACUUUCUUCAUGGCCCACUACCUGGAAGAGAAUAACAAGAAGAAGGAGGUGAGUGCUUCACCUAGAGAGCCUGAGGUGGUGCUACGUUCUCCACUGCCUGCACAGACUAAGGACAAGAAGAGUGCUGAUAAAGGCAAAAAGAGCAACAAUACAGAGAAGCCAUUUCCUCCAUCAGAGCCACCAGAACCCGUUUUGCCCGGGAGCUCGGCCAUUGGUUCACUGUCUCUGGCAGUGGCCAAAACUGGGGCAACAAUACAGGGUCUCCCUCUCUACAAAUACAUAGCAGCUCAGAAGAAUGGACAGCCUCCGAUGCAGUUUCACAUCCCUGUCUCGUUGGUAACUUUGUUGAGCUGUGGGAAGACUUCUCCUGGAAAAUUGAGUUUACUGGAGGAAGUGAUCCUGAUCCCCAAAACUGGGCAACGAGUCAAACAAAUCAUCACAAUGACCCUCCAGUUACAGAAGGAGAUGAUGAGAAUAAUCAACACUUCAACAAAAGCUGGGGUCACCCAGGUAGUGCUGUGUAACAAUGGAGCGCCGGCCAUGACCUAUGAGCGACCCGAACAGCCUCUAGAUCUGAUCACUGAGGCCUGCACUAACCUUGGACUGGCACUGGGAGCAGAGAUCCAUUUAGCAGUAAACUGUGCUGCCCCUGAGCUAAUGGACUUUUCUAAAGGAAAGUAUGAAGUUGCAACAGGAGUUUUGAAGUCUCCGGAUGAAUUAGUUGAUAUGUACCAAACCCUCAUCAGUAAAUACCCAGCAGUGGUGGCCUUAAUUGAUCCAUUCAGGAGAGAAGACAUAGACCAAUGGGAGAAGCUGAGCAAUGUGAUUGGAGACUCAUGUUCGCUGCUCUCUGACAUCACUUAUAAUUCAAAAGCCCCUCCACUUCCAGGAGUCAGAGGUCACAUCUUAAAACACAUUAAUGAGACAACAGUCAGUGAUUUGAUCUGCAUCACAUCAGAACACCAAGGUAGAGGUGUCCGGAAACAAAAGUUUGUGAUGACUGCGAUGGUGGUGCUGUAUUUAGCACACUCUCGCCCAUUGUCAGCUGGGAUUGGCUCCAGCUCGGAUAAGCGGUUAAAGAUAGCGAAUGAAUGAAUGAAUGAAUGAACACACAACAUUAGUUUCGAUGCUUCCUCUGUGACACGUCUCUGCUAAAACUUACAUUUCCUAACACACUGUUGAGAACAUUUCACAGAAAUUAAGUCCAAUGUUCAUCUGUAUAUUUCAUCUGAAAAUUGUUAAAUACCUUGCCUCAGUCCCAGCACUUGCUAAUAAUAUAAGGCAAUAAACAACAACACCAUGAAGAAGAAAAGACUACACAGGACGCUGGAUGAAGACAGCCAUGUCUGGCUUCCUGUGUGAACCAUUCUAACGAUUGCGUCAAAAGCCUGCAGUGAACUGGUCAAGUGUGGUUGUAAAGGUGCAGGCGGUUGUGGUGCAAGGUGCUCAUGCAAGAAGGCACAAUGGAAUUGCAAAGGUCUUUGUUGUAAAUGUAACAAAUAAUAUGAGUAAAGCUAAUUAAGUUCAAUUAAAUGUAUGCACGUUAUUCAUUUUGCAGAAUACAUGCACUGUAUAUGACCUGUAUUGAUAAACGUCCAACCGCUUAGGAACUUUGAAAUUACCUAAAUAAAUGGCUAAAGUGAACAUAUCUUUUUGAUCAAAUAAUCAUCUAGUGAUAUUCUCAAUAGCAUUAAAUGAUUUCUUGACCCAGAAAAUGUAUAAUUUGACACAAAGAUUGACCUUCUAAGUGGCUUGGAAGAUAUACUGGUUCUCAUAGACUUUAUAUGGCUGCCAUCUCCGA